UCUGGUUUUUGUUAGAAUGUUUGGCUUCUUGCAUGGUAGCCUGUUCACCAUUUUACAAGAUGAAUGCUAUACCUACUGUCUUAUGUUGCAUUGUUCUAGCAUCCUCUUAAACAUUUUUGGAGAAGAAAUCUGAGUUAAAUGAAAUUCCACUGGCUGCUGAAUGAACCCCUGGGGGAGGCAUGGGGGGCAUGUUCCCCCCCUGGAUUUGUGCAUGGGAUGGAGGUGGCCUCCAGGCUGGGGCUCUGCGCCCUGCUGCCUUUGCCCAGGGAGCUGCACGAUGCCAUGUUGUGCCUCCCACCACUGGCCGGGCAGGGGACGUGUGGCCAGCAUGUGGCUCCCGGGGCAAAGGUAACAGAGCACAGAGCCCCAGCCCAUAGUGUGCAGCGUGCCUCCGCCCCAUUCACAAAUCUGGGGAGCAUGUCCCCCAUGCUUCCCUUAGGGGUAUAUGCAGCUGCAGAACUGUGCCGCACCCCCCAACCCUGUGCCCCUGGACGAACUGCCUGCCGCUCAGUCCCACGACCUGCCCUGACCCUAGCCCUGGAGUCCUACUCGCUCCAGUCCCUUCCCCUGCCCCACUUCCUUCCUCACUAUGGAGGCCUUGAUCUGCCUCCCUCUACCCUUUCCCCUCCACAGACUUACCUGCUGGGUGCUGCUCUACAUGCUGUUGGGCUGCAUUCUUGUAGGGUUACCAUAUUUCCAGUUUUAAAAAGAAGAGGACAUUGAAGAUUUGAGCUUCCAGUUUUUCCAUUUACAUGUUUAGUGUGAAUCCACCCCACCAGCAAGUGACUGAAAGUUCUUGCCCAUCUGAUUACUCGCAGGUCUGGGAAGUAAUUUGAUGUUUUCAGCCCAAUUCCCAGUUGUGAAUUCCGCUAGAAGAUUGUUAAAGCUACCAAAACAAACAUAUCUUCUCGAGCAAAAAAGAUGGGUGGAGUCAUUUCAAAGUGGAGGCAGGCAAAACCUUCUACUGUAGAAGUAUUGGAGAAAAUUGAUAAGGAAAUCCAAGCAUUAGAAGAAUUCAGAGAAAAAAAUCAGAGGCUGCAGAAGCUAUGGGUUGGAAGACUACUUCUCUACUCUUCAGUUCUUUAUCUUAUUACCUGUUUAAUUGUAUAUUUGUGGUGUCUUCCUGAUGAAUGGACAGCAAGGCUGAUUAUGACACUUCCAUUUUUUGCAUUUCCAUUGAUAAUCUGGUUUAUAAGAACACUACUCAUUUUCUUCUUUUCCAAAAGAACAGAAAAGAAUAGUGAAGCAUUAGAAGAACUAAAAUCCCAAAAGAAAAAAAUACUUGAAGAAGUAAUGGAAAAGGAAACUUACAAGACUGCUAAGCUUAUUCUUGAGAGGUUUGAUCCAGAAUCCAAGAAGGCAAAGGAGGUUGAACUGCCAUCUGCAGGAGCAUCUACAACCCCAAGACCUGGACAAGAAAUUCGUCAGCGGACUACAGGUCAAAGAAAUGUUCCUCCACCUACUCCAUCAAGCCCUGAACAAGGAUCUCCCAAGGCUUCAGGUGUGCAGGCAACAUCUAGUGUGCAAAGGGACACUUCAGCUCCUGGUGGACCCCCAGAAAGAACUGUUGCACCAGCCUUGCAGUCAAAUGUGCUACCACGACGUCCUGGAUCCCCGACUUCAAUGCCUGGAAUGGGUCUUCAUCCUCCUGGUCCUCCUUUAGCAAGACCUAUUCUUCCUCGAGAAAGGGGAGCUUUGGAUAGAGUUAUUGAGUAUUUAGUUGGUGAUGGUCCACAGAACAGGUACGCCCUUAUAUGUCAGCAGUGUUUCUCUCAUAAUGGUAUGGCUUUGAAGGAGGAAUUCGAAUACAUUGCAUUUAGGUGUGCGUACUGUUUUUUCCUGAAUCCUGCAAGAAAAACUAGACCCCAGGCUCCACGACUUCCAGACAUAAGUUUUGAAAAGAAGCAGCCUGCAGAAUUGCAGACUACCUCUGGAACUUUGCAUUCUGGAGGGGUAAAAGAACAAGAAAAUCAAGAGACUGAAGAACCUGAAGUUACACACAUUAUUGAGACAAACCAGAUAGAAGCCACAGCAUCAGCUACUGAGCAGCAAGAGGACAAGUCAGCUGAAGAGCUUGAGAAAGAAGAGACGGAUAAUGAAACAGAAUUGGCAAUUAUUCAGUCUGAUUUUGCUGCUCCAGCUGAACAAAGUGAAGAGUCUGUCAUAGAAUCAGAAUAAUGCUUCAAGUGCCUUCUAUAGCUAGUUUUAGCUUUGUUCAUGCCUGUUGUUACUCUUCAGGUGGGCUUUUUUAAAACAGAAUGAUUUAAAAUCUCACUUGAGCUCAAACUGCCUCACUACCACAGUAUGUCAAAGCUUAUGUGGACUACUGGGUACUGUAAAUUAAAUGUGUACUCUUUUUCAGUGAGCUAAUGCACUGCAGAAUGUACAGUUGGUUGAAGUCUAACACAGUCAUAGGUAGCCUUGGUUCUAUUUUGCAUAUUUAAAAUGAAGUAUUGCUGGUUCCAUAUAGGUGACCUAAAAACUAGUGUCCCUUUUGGUUCUUAAACCUAGAACUUCAAUAAUAAUUGGCAAUGACUUGUCUAGUGGAGUUUUGGUUUAGUGAACUUUUAAGAUUUGUAUGCUUACUUAUUAAAAUGGAUUGAAUGAAUUUUAAGUGUCUAGAUGUUUACAGGCUUAACAUGUCUAUAGGCAUUCAGCUUAAGCAGUAUGAAAGUGUCAUUAUAACUAACAACUUUGUCAUUUGUCUGUUUUUUUGACAGAGUAUGGUUAAAUGGCACUAGGAUAUUAUAUUUCUUGGCUUCUCUGCAAUGCAGGCAAUGCCAAAGGCACGAGAACUAGUUUGUGUUUACAUAAAAUAUAGGAAGUCUCCGCACUUGAUUGUACUUGAAUACUAAGCACUAUUUAUACAUGUACAAUAAUGACAAUAUAUUCAGUGAAUUUUGUGCCUUUGUGUACUUUGUUAAAGGAAAAUAAAGACUAUCUAGCAGCAGUGCUUAUUUUGCAGUCUCUGAAG